AUGAAAAGUCGGAUCCGGCACGCAAGCGAGAACAGCAAACGGAAGCAGCAGGCGGACGUAGUCGCGAGCCGGAAGCGAUCGGCGCGAGAGCGCCCUCGUGCUUGUCACAGCGACUUGCUCGCUCGCGACGCUGACGUAUCUUCUGUUAGCGCGACGGAGCGCUUGACGAGCACCGCGAGCAGGCCUGCUUCUGGUGCGGCACAAGUCGUCGCGAGGAACGCUGGCGCUUACGGUUCAUCCAGAACGCGCACGCAGGCUGCGACUUUCACCGAUCAGUUGCACGCCAAGCGCGAACGCUGCUCCGAGUCGGUGAAGUCGGCCUCCGCGUCAACCAACGCAGCUGCUGGGAACCCGAAUGAAGACGCGGGGGUUUCGAUAUGUGAGUUACAACGUGCAGAGUUGCGGACGCCAGCUCCGGUGAUGGAAACCGAGCUUCAGAACGCUGCAGCAAGAACGCCCGCAGAUGAAGAGGUUGCAUCCUCGCGAGCAACAGUGCACGAGAUGGAGCCUCUGGCCAGACCCUGCCCAGAGGUGACACAGAAGUCGUCUCCUGCGUUACAGAGCUUAUCGUCGGAGCACGCCUCGGAACAGGAGCAACCGAAACCGAGUUCAGGCCUUCUGACACCUCAUCGUUUCGAUUCACUGCCGCUAUCCGAGCCGACGCUACGAGGCAUUGAGGAAAUGGGUUUCGCAAGGAUGACAGAGAUUCAGGCGCGAGCGAUCCCGCUAGCGCUGUCUGGUCGAGAUAUUCUCGCUUCUGCGCGAACAGGUUCCGGUAAGACGCUCGCAUUUCUGAUCCCCAUUGUUGAAUUGCUGUACAAGGCCAAGUGGAUGCCGCGUAAUGGCACUGGUGCGAUCAUCAUCGCGCCUACCCGCGAGCUGGCGAUGCAGAUCUUUGGGGUGCUUCACGAUCUUGCUUCACAUCAUCACCAGACCCGAGCGAUCGUCAUGGGUGGUGCAAACCGCCGAACCGAAGCUGAAAAGCUCAUCAACGGUACAAAUAUUCUCGUUGCGACGCCUGGGCGUUUGCUGGACCAUCUACAGUCCACACGGGGCUUUGUUUUUGAGCACCUUCGCUUUCUCGUGAUUGAUGAAGCGGAUCGCUGCUUGGAAAUCGGAUUUGAAGAGGAGAUGCAUGAAAUUCUGCGAAUACUGCCAAAGACCCGGCAGACAAUGCUCUUUUCCGCAACUCAAACAACCAAAGUGGAGGAUCUGGCCAAAGUAAGUUUUCAGCAGAAACCGCUUCAUCUGGGUAUCGACGCAGAACAGCCUGUUGCCACCGUUGAGGGCCUGCAGCAGGGCUUCACGAUUGUGCCCAGCGAGCAGCGUUUCCGCUUGCUGUUCACGUUCUUGAAGCGCAAUCAGCGCAAGAAGAUCAUCGUCUUCAUGUCUUCCUGCAACGGAGUGAAAUUCUAUGCCGAGCUUUUGAACUAUAUAGACGUCCCUGUUCUGGAUCUGCACGGGAAACAGAAACAGAGCAAGCGAACAUCGACGUUCUUCGAGUUCGCUCGGCGUGAGCACGCCACACUCUUAUGCACGGACGUAGCUGCGCGUGGUCUCGAUAUUCCCGCCGUCGACUGGAUUGUGCAGUACGACCCACCGGACGAGCCGAAAGAGUACAUCCACCGGGUGGGGCGCACCGCUCGAGGCGUUCAUGGUCGCGGACGGGCGAUUCUCUUUCUGUUGCCAUCGGAAGUCGGGUUUCUGCAGCAUCUGCGCGAUGCCAAAGUGCCUCUGAACGAGUACGAGUUUCCCAAAGAGAAACUUGCUGAUAUUCAGACCCAGCUGGAAAAAUUAGUUGAAGGCAAUUACUAUCUUCAGAAAUCUGCGCGGGACGGAUUCCGUUCCUACCUCCAAGCGUAUGCGAGUCACUCCAUGAAAGAUGUAUUCAAUGUGCACGAGCUCGACAUUGCGGCGGUGGCGAAAAGCUUCGGCUUCAGUGCACCGCCGCGCAUCUGUCUCGACGUCCUCGAGAGAGCGAAGAAAAUUCGACGACGCGGAGGCGGUGGCGGAUUUGGAGAUGAGUGGAAGAAUCGCGAUCGCCUGAAAGACCUCAUUCGGAAACGGCUUGCUUCAGGGCAACGAUUUCGGGCGAGCAACCCGCAUGGGAAGCGUGACGAACAAGAUCGCCGUCAGUUUGUGUCAUAG